GGGGACAGUAUGCUGGCCAAGGGACUUCCCCUGCGCUCAAUGCUGGUCAAACGCAGCCAGCCUUUCUUGAGCCCUACCUGGCAGGGCUCAGUGUAUCCCAGGCUGGCCGCUGGAGGGGGAGCUAGCAUCUCCACUCACAGUCCUCGUCCCUUCAAUGAGAUACCUUCCCCUGGUGACAAUGGUUGGCUAAACCUGUACCGUUUCUGGAGGGAGAAUGGCACAUACCGAGUCCAUUAUCAUCACAUGAAGAACUUCCAGAAGUACGGCCUCAUUUACAGAGAGAAGCUUGGCAACCUGGAGUCAGUUUACAUCAUGGACCCUGAAGAUGCAGCGUUGCUCUUUUCACAUGAGGGUCCCAGCCCGGAACGAUACCUCAUCCCCCCCUGGGUUGCCUAUCACCAGUAUUACCAGAGACCCAUCGGGGUCCUGUUUAAGAAUUCGGAAGCUUGGAAGAAAGACCGAAUGGUCCUAAACCAGGAGGUGAUGGCUCCCGAAGCGGUCAAGAAAUUUGUGCCUAUGCUGGAAGGCAUAACUCAGGACUUCACCAGAGUCCUACACAGACGCAUCAAAGAGCAGAACUCUGGAAAAUUCUCAGGGGACAUCAGUGAUGACCUGUUCCGCUUUGCCUUUGAGUCCAUCUCCAGUGUUGUAUUUGGGGAGCGCCAAGGGAUGUUGGAGGAGAUCCUGGACCCUGAGUCCCAGCGGUUCAUCAAUGCCAUCUACCAGAUGUUCCACACCAGUGUCCCCCUGCUCAACCUGCCCCCGGAACUCUUUAAAUUCUUCAAGACUAAGACCUGGAAGGACCAUGUCGCUGCUUGGGAUGUGAUUUUCAGUAAAGCUGAUGAAUACAUCCAAAACUUCUACUGGGACUUAAGGCAGAAGCGAGACUUCAGCAAGUACCCCGGUGUCCUCUAUAGCCUGCUGGGAGGGAACAAGCUGCCCUUCACGAACAUCCAGGCCAAUGUCACCGAGAUGCUGACCGGAGGGGUGGACACAACAUCCAUGACCCUGCAGUGGCAGAUGUAUGAGAUGGCACGCAACCUGAAGGUGCAGGAAGAGUUGCGGGCAGAAGUUCUGGCUGCCCGGCGCCAGGCCCAGGGAGACAUGACCAGGAUGGUACAGUUGGUUCCUCUCCUCAAAGCCAGCAUCAAGGAGACACUGAGAUUGCAUCCCAUCUCUGUGACCUUGCAGAGGUAUCUUGUGAAUGACCUGGUACUUCGUAAUUACAUGAUUCCUGCCAAGACAUUGGUGCAGGUGGCCAGCUAUGCCAUGGGCCGAGAUCCCAGAUUCUUCUCCAAUCCAAACAAUUUUGACCCAACCCGUUGGCUGGAAAAAGACAAAAACAACACCCAUUUCCGGGACCUGAGCUUUGGCUGGGGCGUGCGGCAGUGUCUGGGCCGGCGGAUUGCAGAGCUGGAAAUGACCAUGUUCCUCAUCAAUCUGCUGGAGAACUUCAGAAUUGAAAUCAAAGAGCUCAGUGAGGUGGGGACCAAGUUCAACCUCAUCCUGAUGCCUGAGAAGCCCAUCUUCUUCAACUUUCAGCCUCUCAAGCAGGAUCCGGCUCAACCAUGAACAGAGAGGGCAGCAUCACCUGAACCCCAGG